GAGGGGUCGCGAUACGCUUUAUGAUUAUUCCAAAAAUCCGCUGUCACUGUCUCGCGGCCGCUUCUCGCAGUUCUGCUCCCGUGUGCGUACUGAGCAGCGCAAGUCUUCACGUGCUCGCAGAGGCAGUACUGCUUCCUUCGAAGUUUUGGACGCACUGAAACAUCCGGAGUUUGCUCGUCGCUGGCACUGGGAAUAGUCAGGCUGUCUACCCAGGAGCAAGUUCCGCAGCGAACAUGUGCAAAUAUGUACAGUAUGGAUUUUAGGAGGACGAAGUUCGGCAGGUUUAUGAACAACCGAGUCCCAUCUAGCAAGAGAUACCAGCCAACUGAGUAUGAGCAUGCUGCCAACUGUGCCACCCAUGGAUUCUGGAUCAUUCCCAGUAUCCUGGGCAGCUCAGUGUUGUACUUCCUCUCUGAUGACCAGUGGGAGACCAUCUCUGCAUGGAUGUAUGGGACAGGUCUGUCUGGGCUGUUCAUCAUGUCCACCAUGUUCCAUACGGUGUCCUGGAAGAAAAGUCAUCUCAGGAAGGUGGAGCAGCGAUUCCACAUGUGCGACAGGAUGGUGAUAUAUUUCUUUAUAGCUGCAUCUUAUGCACCCUGGCUGAACCUGAGGGAACUAGGACCCUGGGCUGUGCACAUGCGCUGGUUGGUGUGGAUCAUGGCCUGCGCUGGCUCUGCCUAUGUCUUCUUCUUUCACGAGAAGAACAAGAUAUUAGACUUACUGUGCUACACUUCCAUGGGAGCUGUUCCUGCAGUUGUUCUUCUGUCAAUGCCUAACAGAGAGGGCAUAUUAGAGCUGUCAGUGGGCGGAGUCUUCUACUGCCUGGGAAUUGUCUUCUUCAAGAGUGAUGGCCUCAUCCCAUUCGCUCAUGCCAUCUGGCACAUCUUUGUGGUAGUGGGGGCAGGCAUACACUAUUACGCCAUCUGGAGGUACUUGUAUGCAACGGGGACCAGCCAAAUCAAAAUAUCCAGGUGACAGAUGUAGAAGAUCUCCAGUGUUCACACACAGGGUUUGUUGAGCUAUAAAAGACGGUGCAUUUGAUCAUGAGCUGCCUUUGCAUCCCUCUAUAUUAAUCAUAGACGGGCAUGUUCCAGUACUGUUGGUCUAAAAUAUAUUUUUAUAUAGAAGGAUUUAUGUCCUGAUAACUCGGCACCUUCUGGCCAGUCUAUUUUUGCAGAUGUAGUCUUAACCUGUUGACAUAAUGUACUGUUUCAACUGUCAGUGUUUACAGCAAAAUGUGUAUAAUAUAGAAGAUAUGAAUAACAUUCCACAUCCUUUAACUGAGCUAUCUACUGCCUUGAUAUGAACUCCCAUAGUCAGACUGUGCUUGUGAUAGUAAUUUAUUGACAUUCACUGGCAUUGAGCAGAAUAAUGUUGAAGUAUUUCUACUACUGUGAACUUGUAGUAAUGUAUAUGUACAAAAAUGUUAGAAAUGACUUUCUAAUUGUUGCACAAUGGAUCGUGAUGGAUCAUUUCUAUGAGGUUGUGAUAUUGUUUAGGUGGAAAGCUAGAGGGGAUGACUUGAUUUAUACUAUCGGUCCAGUGUUUGGAAUAAUUAAUUUGUUAUGUUUUCAAAAGAAGUCUCU